AUCUCCUGUCGACAGCACACCCCAACCAUUGCCAGCGGGCAUGACAUAGCACACCUCACCUUUAUCCACUCCCUACAGUCUACUGCUUGUUUUGUUUCCGCUCGUCCCGCAUCAUCUCCCGCGCUACAUCAGAUUACACUACGAAUAACGUCAUUGAGCAAUUCCUUCAUCAGCGCAUCGCAAACCACGAAUCUCUGCCAACAAUCACAAACAUGUCGCUCACUCCUUCCUCAUCCUGCUCCCGCGCAUCGAGCCUUUCAGUCAUUGACGAGAACCAUGAAAUGACUUUCCCUCCUGCUGAGCUCCUAGUCCGCGACUUUGGCUGGCCAGCCGUCUCACCUCGCUAUCGCGGCGACCACACACCUGAAAGCAACCCCGACUGGGACCACGACCCGUUGGAGUGCGAAGAAGCCAAAGCAGAGGCAUUCGAGAAGAUGGAGAAGAGCUACGCGCUAUACAUGGCCAACCUAGGGAAACGUGUACCUACGCAGAAGAAGAAGGCGGCUCCUUGGGCACGUUUUCUACCUUGGACGCGUUGAACGCCUUCACCCACACGACUGCCCAAUCGAAACAUACAAUGUCGACAUAGGCAGUGGUGCGAGGAAGCGGGGAAGAGAGAUGUGUGUGC